CAGUCAGUCUCACACUCGCACAGAUAUUCUUCACCACUCACAUAAUUAAAUUCCUCAAGCUGAAAUUCAACAACCCGCAAGAACUCAGCAGCCACAAAGAAGUCGUCUCACACACGAGCGUGUCAGCUGCUCCCACAGGAAACUCUGCACUCAGAACUGAAUCCUGAGGCCUGAACCACGAAGCAGGACUUCCUCUUCUCAGCAGCAGGUGUUCCGUCAGGUGGACGAUGAGCAGGCCGGUGCUGACGCAGCCUCAGGAGAUCUUCAUUUCCUCCGCUGAAGCUGACUGGGCGUCAGGGAUCUGCGACUGCUGCGAGGACACGAAACAAUGCUGCUUUGCGUGCUGGUGCUGUCCCUGCUUUGCCUGUAAAACCACCAAAGAGUUCGGUCAGUGUCUCUGCCUCCCCGUGCUGGACGUGUUCGGCUGCAUCCGUCCCAUCACCAUGUCCAUCAGGGUGUCCAUACGUCAGCGCUACGGCAUCAAAGGCAACCUCUGCAUCGACUGUUUGUGCUCCACCUUCUGUGUACCCUGCGUUUGGUGUCAAAUGGCCACCGAGAUGAAGAAGCAGAAGCUCCCCACCAUGUUUGGUGACAUCAUCAACCUAUGAUGACAUCAUCACUGCAAGUUCACCAACCCUGACCCAACCCAGCCCAUCCUGACUCAGAUCAGUCACUGAGCUCCCUGCCAGUAAAGCCCAAUAAUCAUGAAUCAUCAGUGUUUACUUUAUCAGUUAUUUGUUUGGAUUUAUCAAAUCUAUUUAUUUAUUUUUUUUUACUUUAUUUCCUC